ACUUUUGUUCCAGCCACAACUUCCAACGGCCUCGGUUUCCCAGAAAUCUCUGCGCCCGGCCUACGGCUACAGCGGAGGACUACGUUUCCCAAGAACCACCGCGGCGGCCAAUGCUGCAAUCGGCUGCCGGCGGCUGAGGGACGAAGGGCCAGCGGCCGGGCUGCCAUGGCGGCCUCCUGCGCGGAGAUUUUGCGGAGGGAGUUCCCGGAGCUCGACGGAGAGAUGUUCGAAUACGUAACCGGGGUCCUGCACAGUGGCAGCUCAGAUUUUGAGACGGUGGACGAUCUAUUUGAAGCUGUCGGCGAGCUCUUGCAAGACGUGUCCCGAGACUCCAAAGAUGAUGUGGACAUCCAUGGCAUCUGCCAGCGUAUGUUCAACACCCUUCAUCUGGAGAAUGAAAACUCUCCAAGCAGCCGGCAGGUUCUCCUGGAUGCCCCAAUUCAGCUUUCUAAGAUCACUGACAAUUAUGAUUCUAACUUGGACCUGUUGCCAGGACUCUUGUUGAAGAGAGAUCAGACUUCGAUGGUGAACGCUAGGAAGCUGGAGAAAGCAGAGGCCCGCCUGAAAGCAAAGCAGUGCAAGAAGCAGGAGCGAGAUUCCGUCAAAUCUGGGAACCCAUUGGUUCUUGAAGAAGCAUCUGCCAGCCAAGCAGCCAGUAAGAAAGAAAACCGCCUUGAAAUGUCAGGCAAGAACAAGUCCUAUGACGUACGCAUCGAAAACUUUGAUGUGUCCUUCGGCGAGCGGGUCCUCCUCACAGGAGCAGACCUGAACCUGGCUUACGGCCGGCGAUACGGCUUGGUAGGUCGGAACGGGUUGGGCAAGACCACGUUGUUGAAGAUGAUCGCCAGCCGCAAUCUGCGCAUCCCCUCGCACAUCAGCAUCCUUCACGUGGAGCAGGAAGUGGCCGGCGACGAGACGCCAGCCCUGCAGAGUGUGCUGGAAUGUGACACGGUUCGUGAGGGACUGCUCAAGGAGGAAAAGGAGCUGACUGCCCGGGUUAACUCCGGAAGGGGAGUAGGCACCGAAGGUGCUCGACUGUCCGAAAUCUACGCCAGUCUAGAAGAGAUCGAGGCAGACAAGGCCCCAGCAAGAGCGUCCGUUAUCCUGGCGGGGUUGGGUUUCAGCGCAAAGAUGCAGCAACAGACGACCAAAGAGUUUUCGGGAGGUUGGAGAAUGAGGCUGGCUUUGGCUCGUGCCCUUUUUGCCCGGCCUGACCUUCUUCUGCUGGAUGAGCCUACCAACAUGUUGGAUGUGAAGGCGAUUAUCUGGCUGGAAAACUAUUUGCAGACUUGGCAGUCCACCAUCCUUGUAGUGUCUCACGACCGGAACUUUUUAAACGCCGUGGCCACUGAUGUCAUCCACCUGGCAACUCCCAGCGUCGACAGCUACCGUGGGGACUUCGAGAACUUUGUCAAGAUCAAAGAAGAACGGCAAAACCAGCAGCGUGAAUUCGAGGCCCCGCAAUACCGGGAGCAUAUCCAGGUCUUUAUCGAUCGAUUCCGUUAUGCAAACAGGGCGUCGCAAGUUCAGAGCAAACUCAAACUCUUGGAGAAGCUGCCGAAACUGAAGCCAGUGGACAAAGAAUCUGAGGUGAUAAUGAAGUUCCCAGACGGCUUUGAGAAAUUUUCUCCUCCCAUCUUACAACUUGAUGAAGUGGACUUUUACUACGAGCCCAAUAACUACAUCUUCUGCUCCCUCUCUGUCUCUGCUGAUCUGGAUUCUCGCAUCUGUGUGGUUGGAGAGAAUGGAGCCGAAUCUACCAUGCUGAAGAUCCUGAUGGGAGACCUGGCACCUGUACAAGGGAUUAGACACGCUCACAGAAAUCUUAAAAUUGGCUAUUUCAGCCAGCAUCAUGUGGAUCAACUGGAUUUGGACAUUAGUGCCACAGAACUACUAACAAAAAGUUUCCAGGUAAGUUGCCAAACGCCCUUUCACAAUUCAUUAGAUUUCAGCUCCCUCAGUUUCAGGGCCUACCUGGUAACCAUCAGAAAUACCUUGAGCGCACUUUGCCCUGCCCUGCUCUGUUCACUGAACACUGAGAUUAAAGACAGUGACUUGAGUGACAACCUCAUUCUAAAACAUGGCUUUUUAUCCUAAGUUUAUUGGCAAGGGUUCCUGGAACCUGUUAAGCCAGCAGCAUCUUUAUUGAUCAGUGGGCCACACUGGGUUUUGUCAAACCCAUAGUCCAAAAGGUACCGAUGUUAUGGCAUUGGUCUUAAGGCCCUCAUUUUUCCUCUUCCCA